AUGCAAACGUCUGUCGUCCUAGCCCUUGACAACGUAAUUUAAGAAUGUUUUUACUUCGUUAUUGAGUUUCUUUUUGUUAUCAAGCUCAUUAAUAAACUUUAAGCGGAGUAUAUAAUUGCAUAGUAUAGGCACUUUCAUAGCCGAGCGACUACGGAUUCAUGAUGUCUAGUUCGUCGACGAUUCCGUAGGGAGCAUACCGUAACUUAAUGCGAUGUCCGCUGUAUUUUUAAAAAACCACUGCCCUCAUAUAACAGCCGAUAUGUCAUUUUUAUAGAUAACAUUUGAAAGUCGGAUAAACAAAUAGCAGUUAGGGUGACCAAUCAAGACAAUUUUCAUUCACGGUACCAAAAUGGCACGAGACCGAGGUCUCACUUCAAGAUAUUUACCAAUACUCAUUGUGGAAGUUUGUAUCUCAGUAUAAAAACGUCUUCUUUCAGAGGAAUGAAGUACCAGCAUACUAUUUGGCGGAAAACGACGGAGUAGAGUUUAUCGAAAUUCCCGGAAAAGGCAAAGUUCAAGCACAACUGUUCGAGGUAAUUGAAAUUCUGAGUAACAUCUUCUCCCUCUGCAUUAGAAUCGGGUUAGAGUUCAUUGCUAUUACGAUCCUGAGGAAGAAACAUGGAUAAAGUUGCCACUGAAGUGGGAGCUGCAUUCGGCUGCCGUAAAGGCUAUCGUACAGCUAGUACAGGUGAAAAUCGAAGCGUUAUCUUGUCCUCUUUCAUGCUCAAUACUGUACUUUAUCACGAAAUAUCUGCCUUUAAGUUACGCUUGUUUUGCAAAUGGCCCCUGA